AUUUUUUGAAUGAUCCUGCUUUUUCUGUCUUGUCUGAUUUUCUGCUGCCUGACCAUUUCCUGGUUAAAAAUCUGGGGGAAAAUGACAGACUCCACACCAGUUGCCAAGAGUAAACCGGAAGUGAACUUUAUCCCAAGCCAGGAGCCCUCUGUCGUCUCAGAAAACUCAGGGGAGCCGCUGCAGAAAAAUGAGGACAACAGGUCUCUGUCAAAGACUCCUGACCAGGCUGAACUAACCUCCCACAAGGAUCCUAAGGAUGCCCGUCGGCAAAGACCCUCCCGGCCACCCCCACGCCAGAAGCCCCCACGAAACUCCCUUUCCCCUGAUGACGCCUCCCCAGCAUGCCACUCCAAUGGCACAGGGACAGAAGGCCUGGAGUUUCCAGACACCAAUGGCCUGGCCUCCCCAGCCAGACCCCAAGGCCAACGAGCCAAAUCCCUCUCCAAAGAAGAUGAGAAGCAGGCACACAUCAAGAGGCAGCUGAUGACCAACUUCAUCCUGGGAUCCUUUGAAGAGAACUCCUCUGAUGAGGACCCUAGCACAGGCUCUUUUCGAGUAUCUUCCCGGAAGAGUAGCCGGGCCAGCCUGGGUGCCCUGUCCAUAGAGGUCACUCCAGCCCCAGGAGAGUCUGAGACGCCCAUGCCCUCUAUAAGGCCCAGCAUGUCAGGACUCCACCUGGUGAAGAGGGGCCGAGAACAGAAGAAGCUGGACCUGCACAGAGACUUUACCGUGGCCUCCCCAGCUGAGUUUGUCACGCGCUUUGGCGGGGAUCGGGUCAUCGAGAAGGUGCUCAUCGCCAACAAUGGCAUUGCUGCUGUGAAGUGCAUGCGGUCCAUCCGCAGGUGGGCCUAUGAGAUGUUCCGGAAUGAGAGGGCUGUCCGGUUUGUGGUCAUGGUGACUCCCGAGGACCUCAAGGCCAACGCAGAGUAUAUCAAGAUGGCAGAUCAGUACGUCCCCGUCCCAGGAGGACCUAACAACAACAACUAUGCCAAUGUGGAGCUGAUUGUGGACAUCGCCAAGCGAAUCCCAGUGCAGGCAUUGUGGGCUGGCUGGGGCCACGCUUCCGAGAACCCCAAGCUGCCAGAGCUCCUGCACAAGCAUGAGAUUGCUUUCUUAGGCCCUCCCAGUGAAGCCAUGUGGGCCCUGGGAGAUAAAAUCGCCUCCACCAUCGUGGCUCAGACGCUGCAGAUUCCAACGCUGCCCUGGAGUGGGAGUGGUCUGAUUGUGGAGUGGUCAGAAGAUGAUCUGAAGCAGGGGAAAAUAAUCAGUGUCCCGGAAGAUGUUUAUGACCAGGGUUGUGUGAAAGACAUAGAUGAGGGCUUGGAGGCAGCAGAAAAAAUUGGCUUUCCAUUGAUGAUCAAAGCUUCUGAGGGUGGUGGAGGAAAAGGAAUCCGGAAGGCCAAGGGUGCUGAGGACUUCCCAAUCCUUUUCAGACAAGUGCAGAGCGAGAUCCCGGGCUCCCCUGUCUUUCUCAUGAAGCUGGCCCAGCACGCCCGCCACCUGGAGGUCCAGAUCCUCGCCGACCAGUACGGGAAUGCUGUAUCCCUGUUUGGACGAGACUGUUCCAUCCAGCGGCGGCAUCAGAAGAUCAUCGAGGAGGCUCCAGCCACCAUUGCCACGCCAGCCGUGUUCGAGUUCAUGGAGCAGUGUGCCGUUCGCCUGGCCAAGACCGUGGGCUAUGUGAGCGCGGGAACCGUGGAAUACCUCUAUAGCGAGGAUGGCAGCUUCCACUUCUUGGAGCUCAACCCCCGCCUGCAGGUGGAACAUCCCUGCACAGAGAUGAUCGCAGACGUCAAUCUGCCGGCCGCCCAGCUUCAGAUCGCCAUGGGGGUGCCACUGCACCGGCUGAAGGACAUACGGCUCCUGUAUGGAGAGUCACCGUGGGGGGUGACGCCCAUUUCUUUUGAAAGCCCUGCCAACCCUCCCCUCGCCCGAGGACACGUAAUCGCAGCCAGAAUCACCAGUGAAAACCCAGAUGAGGGGUUUAAGCCAAGCUCUGGAACGGUCCAAGAACUGAAUUUCCGCAGCAACAAGAAUGUGUGGGGUUAUUUUAGCGUGGCUGCUACUGGUGGCUUACACGAAUUUGCUGAUUCCCAGUUUGGGCACUGCUUCUCCUGGGGAGAGAACCGGGAAGAGGCCAUUUCGAACAUGGUGGUGGCUCUGAAGGAGCUGUCCAUCCGAGGCGACUUCAGGACCACGGUGGAGUAUCUCAUCAACCUCCUGGAGACCGAGAGCUUCCAGAGCAACGACAUCGACACUGGGUGGUUGGAUCACCUCAUUGCCCAGAAAGUGCAGGCCGAGAAGCCAGAUAUCAUGCUCGGGGUGGUGUGUGGAGCCUUGAACGUGGCCGAUGCCAUGUUCAGAACCUGCAUGACGGAUUUCUUACACUCGCUGGAAAGGGGCCAAGUCCUCCCCGCAGACUCUCUGCUGAACAUUGUGGACGUGGAGUUAAUUUACGGAGGCGUUAAGUAUAUUCUCAAGGUGGCCCGGCAGUCCCUGACCAUGUUCGUCCUCAUCAUGAAUGGCUGUCACAUUGAGAUCGACGCGCAUCGGCUGACGGAUGGUGGGCUGCUGCUGUCCUACAACGGGAACAGCUACACCACCUACAUCAAAGAAGAGGUGGACAGUUACCGAAUUACCAUCGGCAACAGGACAUGCGUGUUUGAGAAGGAGAACGACCCCACAGUUCUGAGAGCAACCUCAGCUGGGAAGCUGAUGCAGUACAUGGUGGAGGACGGAGGCCAUGUGGAGGCGGGGCAAAGCUAUGCUGAGAUGGAGGUGAUGAAGAUGAUCAUGACUCUGAAUGUGCAGGAAAGUGGCCGGGUGCAGUACAUCAAGCGCCCGGGGGCCGUGCUAGAAGCUGGCUGCAUGGUGGCCCGGCUGGAACUUGAUGACCCUUCUAAAGUGCACUCGGCCAAGCCAUUCACAGGAGAGCUCCCUCCCCAGCAGACCCUGCCCAUCCUUGGGCAGAAACUGCACCAGGUCUUCCACAAUGUCUUGGAAAACCUGACCAACAUCAUGAGUGGCUACUGUCUGCCGGAGCCUAUUUUUAGCAUAAAGCUGAAGGAGUGGGUGCAGAAGCUCAUGAUGACCCUCCGGCACCCAUCACUGCCACUGCUGGAGCUGCAGGAGAUCAUGACCAGCGUGUCGGGCCGCAUCCCCGCCCCUGUCGAGAAGGCGGUCCGCAGGGUGAUGGCCCAGUAUGCCAGUAACAUCACCUCGGUGCUGUGCCAGUUCCCCAGCCAGCAGAUAGCCACCAUCCUGGACUGCCAUGCAGCCACGCUGCAGCGCAAGGCUGACCGGGAGGCCUUCUUCAUGAACACCCAGAGCAUCGUGCAGCUGGUCCAGAGGUACCGCAGCGGAACCCGCGGCUACAUGAAGGCUGUGGUGUUGGAUCUCCUGAGGAGGUAUCUCCACGUCGAGCACCAUUUCCAACAAGCCCACUACGACAAGUGUGUGAUUAACCUCAGGGAGCAGCUGAAGCCGGACAUGUCCCAGGUGCUGGACUGCAUCUUCUCCCACGCGCAGGUGGCCAAGAAGAACCAGCUGGUGAUCAUGUUGAUUGAUGAACUCUGUGGCCCAGACCCUUCCCUGUCGGACGAGCUGACCUCCAUCCUCAAUGAGCUCACGCAGCUGAGCAAAAGUGAGCACUGCAAAGUGGCCCUGAGAGCCAGACAGGUCCUGAUUGCCUCCCAUCUCCCCUCCUACGAGCUGAGGCACAACCAGGUGGAGUCCAUUUUCCUGUCUGCCAUCGACAUGUACGGCCACCAGUUCUGCCCAGAAAACCUCAAGAAAUUAAUCCUUUCGGAAACAACCAUAUUUGACGUCCUGCCCACAUUCUUCUAUCACACUAACAAAGUCGUGUGCAUGGCAUCCUUGGAGGUUUAUGUGCGGAGGGCCUACAUCGCCUAUGAGCUGAACAGCCUGCAGCACCGGCAGCUCCCGGACGGCACCUGCGUGGUGGAAUUCCAGUUCAUGCUGCCCUCCUCCCACCCAAACCGGAUGACUGUGCCCAUCAGCAUCACCAACCCUGACCUGGUGAGGCACAGCACCGAGCUUUUCAUGGACAGCGGCUUCUCCCCUCUGUGCCAACGGAUGGGGGCCAUGGUUGCCUUCAGGAGAUUUGAGGAUUUCACCAGAAACUUUGAUGAGGUCAUCUCCUGCUUCGCCAACGUGCCCAGGGACACUCCCCUCUUCAGCAAGGUCCGCAAUUCCCUCUUUUCUGAGGAUGACAGCAAGAACCUCAGAGAGGAGCCGAUUCACAUCCUGAACGUCGCGAUCCAGUGCUCAGACCACCUAGAGGAUGAAAAGCUGGUGCCGAUUUUGCGGACCUUCGUGCAGUCCAAGAAAAACAUCCUCGUGGAUUAUGGACUCCGGAGACUCACAUUCCUGAUUGCCCAAGAGAAAGAAUUUCCCAAGUUUUUCACAUUCAGAGCACGAGACGAGUUUGCAGAAGAUCGUAUUUACCGCCACUUGGAGCCAGCCCUGGCGUUCCAGCUGGAGCUCAACCGGAUGCGGAACUUCGAUCUGACCGCUGUGCCCUGUGCCAACCACAAGAUGCACCUUUAUCUGGGCGCUGCCAGGGUGAAGGAAGGUACUGAAGUCACGGACCACAGAUUCUUCAUCCGCGCCAUCAUCAGGCACUCGGACCUGAUAACGAAGGAAGCGUCCUUUGAGUACCUGCAGAACGAGGGUGAGCGGCUAUUGCUGGAAGCCAUGGAUGAGCUGGAAGUGGCGUUCAACAACACCAGCGUGCGCACCGACUGCAACCACAUCUUCCUCAACUUCGUGCCCACUGUCAUCAUGGACCCCUCCAAGAUCGAGGAGUCAGUGCGCUCCAUGGUCAUGCGCUACGGCAGCCGCUUGUGGAAGCUCCGUGUGCUGCAGGCCGAGGUCAAGAUCAACAUCCGCCAGUCCACAGCCGGCAAUGCUAUCCCCAUCCGCCUCUUCAUCACCAACGAGUCAGGCUACUACCUGGACAUCAGCCUCUACGAAGAAGUGACUGACCCCAGAUCCGGAAACAUCAUGUUUCACUCCUUUGGCAACAAGCAGGGGCCCCAGCACGGGAUGUUGAUCAACACUCCCUACGUCACCAAGGACCUGCUGCAGGCCAAGCGGUUCCAGGCCCAGUCCUUGGGGACCACCUACGUGUACGACUUCCCGGAGAUGUUCAGGCAGGCUCUCUUUAAACUGUGGGGCUCCCCGGACCAGUACCCCAAAGACAUCUUGACGUACACAGAGCUGGUGCUGGACCCACAGGGCCAGCUGGUGGAGAUGAACCGGCUUCCCGGAGGAAACGAGGUGGGCAUGGUGGCCUUCAAAAUGAGGUUUAAGACCCGAGAAUAUCCAGAAGGGCGAGACGUGAUCGUCAUCAGCAACGAUAUCACCUUCCGCAUCGGGUCCUUCGGCCCCGGGGAAGACCUUCUGUAUGUGCGGGCAUCGCAGAUGGCCCGGGCAGAGGGCAUCCCCAGAAUCUACCUCGCAGCCAACAGUGGGGCCCGCAUUGGCCUCGCGGAGGAGAUCAAACACAUGUUCCAGGUGGCCUGGGUGGACCCAGAAGACCCCCUCAAAGGAUUUAAAUACCUCUACCUGACCCCUCAAGACUACACCAAAAUCAGCUCUCUGAACUCCAUCCACUGUACACACAUCGAGGAAGGAGGAGAGUCCAGGUAUGUGGUCACGGAUAUCAUUGGGAAGGAUGAUGGCCUGGGCGUGGAGAAUCUGAGGGGCUCAGGCAUGAUUGCGGGGGAGUCUUCCCUGGCGUAUGAAGAGAUCGUCACUAUCAGCUUGGUGACCUGCCGAGCCCUUGGGAUCGGGGCCUACCUGGUGAGGCUGGGCCAGCGGGUGAUCCAGGUGGAAAACUCCCACAUCAUCCUCACAGGAGCCAGUGCUCUCAACAAGGUCCUGGGCAGAGAGGUCUACACGUCCAACAACCAGCUGGGUGGAGUGCAGAUCAUGCAUUACAACGGCGUCUCCCACAUCACCGUACCAGAUGACUUCGAGGGCGUCUACACCAUCCUGGAGUGGCUGUCCUACAUGCCAAAGGAUAACCACAGUCCAGUCCCUAUCACCACAGCCACUGACCCCAUUGACAGAGAAAUUGAAUUCAUCCCAUCCAGAGCUCCCUACGACCCCCGAUGGAUGCUUUCAGGAAGACCUCACCCAACUCUGAAGGGAUCCUGGCAGAGCGGGUUCUUUGACCAGGGCAGUUUCAAGGAAAUCAUGGCACCCUGGGCCCAGACUGUGGUGACAGGGCGAGCAAGGCUGGGGGGGAUCCCUGUUGGAGUGAUCGCUGUGGAGACACGGACAGUGGAGGUGGCUGUGCCCGCAGACCCUGCCAACCUGGAUUCUGAGGCCAAGAUAAUUCAGCAGGCGGGCCAGGUGUGGUUCCCAGAUUCAGCCUACAAGACAGCCCAGGCCAUUAAGGAUUUCAACCGCGAGAAGUUACCCUUGAUGAUCUUUGCCAACUGGAGGGGCUUCUCUGGUGGCAUGAAAGACAUGUACGACCAGGUGCUGAAGUUCGGAGCCUACAUUGUGGAUGGCCUGAGGCAGUACAAGCAACCCAUCCUGAUCUAUAUCCCACCCUAUGCGGAGCUCCGGGGUGGCUCCUGGGUGGUGGUGGACUCCACCAUCAACCCCCUGUGCAUCGAGAUGUAUGCAGACAAAGAGAGCAGGGGGGGUGUUCUGGAGCCUGAGGGAACAGUGGAGAUUAAGUUCCGAAAGAAAGACCUGAUGAAGGCCAUGAGAAGGAUCGACCCAGUUUACAAGAAGCUCGUGGAACAGCUAGGAUCAGCAUCAUCAUCGGAGCUCUCAGACAUGGACCGCAAGGACCUGGAGGGCCGGGUGAAGGCCCGGGAGGAGCUGCUGCUGCCCAUCUACCACCAGGUGGCGGUGCAGUUUGCCGACCUGCACGACACCCCGGGCCGGAUGCUGGAGAAGGGUGUCAUCUCUGACAUCCUGGAGUGGAAGACAGCCCGCACCUUCCUGUACUGGCGCCUGCGCCGCCUCCUACUAGAGGACCAGGUCAAGCAGGAGAUCCUGCGGGUCAGCAGCGACCUGAGCCACGUGCACAUCCAGUCCAUGCUGCGUCGCUGGUUUGUGGAGACAGAGGGUGCCGUCAAGGCCUACCUGUGGGACAACAACCAGAUGGUGGUGCAGUGGCUGGAGCAGCACUGGCAGGUGGAGGACGGCCUGCGCUCCGCCAUCCACGAGAAUAUCAAGUACCUGAAGCGCGACUCUGUCCUCAAGACCAUCCGCAGCCUGAUUCAAGAAAACCCUGACGUGGCUGUCGACUGCAUGAUGCACAUGAGCCAGCACAUCAGCCCGGCCGAGCGGGCCCAGGUGGCCCACCUCCUGUCCACCAUGGAUAACCCGGCCUCCACCUGACCCCAGCCCAGCCGCCUCUCCCAGGACCACAGGCUGAUCCACCAACUGCAGGCUCUCCCCAGGAAUUUGGGGGUUUGCUUUAAAACAAUCCUGGGCAUUUCUGCAGGGCUGUGAGCCCAAAACUCACUCCUAUCUCAAUAAAAGGCUCAGGAGUGUCCCUUCCAAGCAGAAGUAGCCUCUGCUCCGUGUCAGAAAGUUCUCUUUGUUUUGUCCCUUGAGACAAAAUUUUUGCUGCAUCAAUGAAUUGAACCCAAACACCCCAGCUUCCUUUUGCUUUCUGGGACCUGGCAGGUGGGACCCAGGUGUUCUUUUAGGCUCCUUUUAUAUCAGAUCAUGGAAUCUUUUAUUUUUUUAAUCUGAGACCAGCUCCUGGUAUUAGCAUCUUCUGUAUCCCAGCAGAAUAAGUAUAUGAAGGAAAGAAAUGUAAAGACAAGACAGGAGAAAAUCUAUUUUUGUAACGAUGCUUAUUCCACUUCUAUCAAGUUGCCCAGGAAAGAGUAGGGGUGAUUUUAUAUUGAGAAGAAAAUGGUAUUUUGUUCCCCAAAGGGCACCUAUGAGUCCCAGGCACUCCCCAUUGGCCGGCCUUGCUUACUAGCAGACCUUUUUUGAGCUGGGAAAGCAAAAGAGCUGUGUGGCCACUGCUCUGGGGCAUUUGCCUGCCUGUCCCCUCCAGAAAGAACAAGGACUAGUCCCUCCCCAACUACAGGACUAGCCUGGACCCCUGGCCUGACCCCCUGGCCUGGGCCGGGAGGACAGAGGCCCUGGGAAGCCAGCUUGCUCACCACUGUGAUUGCUGCCGCCCUCCUCGGACAGCCCCUGGAAGUCACUGUCACCCCCUCACCAGUUGCCAUGAAGUCUCUGGCGGGAUCAAGCCGGAGGGGGCAGAGCUUUUGGACCCCAAGCACUGGAUCACAGGGACCACACCAUUGCACAGGGGGGUCUCUGCACAGUGCCCGCAAGCACUGGGCUCUGAAGGCGGCGCAACACCCGGGCCCACGUUCGGUCUGGCCCAUCGCUGUGCCCCAGGGUGUUGGCCAAGGAAGGAGUUGGCUACCCCCACUCCUGUGUUGGGCAGUUUGAGGAGAGCAAAUGUUACGCCAACUUGGAGGCCAACGACCGGGGAAGCCCCACCGCGGGGUUGCCUGAGAAUGUCUCCUCGUCUGCCACCAGCAGUGACGGCCCUGGAAGUGCAGGUGGUGCCGGGGCCGCGGAGGGCGGGAGCAGGACAAACUGUCCGUUGACCCCUCAAGGUGGGUGGACAGGAUCCACAUUGCUUUGGGAACUGAGUGUUUCCUGGGUGGGGGAGGCCCCCUUGGUUUUGAAGGGAGAGACAGUUUGAUGACUAACUGCUCCCCAGGAAUGGGGGCAGAGGAACCUACCAGGAAAUAUGUGGAAUAAAUUAUUUUUUGAAGGAAGCACUUGGCCUUGACUUAU